GGUCAGGAAUGCAACUGUGCUUUUAGCGCUCAGUCAGGGAAACAUAGUCAUGAACAGCACCGGCUCUAUGAUUUGCAGGACCAAGUGCAAAUAAAACCGUGGGGCUCCUUGUUGAGAACUAAUUCGGAAUUUCAAGAUGGUAACAACAGAGCCUUUUUAAGUUCGGGGGCCCCGGUGUGACUGCAGGGGGAGCCCUCAGUGAAGCUGACCUUGGGCACAGAGCACAGAGCCAGAAGCUGACAGGUUAAUCUUUGUGAUGCUUCCAAGAGGGACCAGUAAGAGGGAGCUGGGACCUUAACUCAGCUUGGCGGAGAAAUUGUCGGAGAGCAGGGAAUGCCCACGGGCCAUCACUGGGUAAGGGUCCAGAGUUUCCUUGUGUGCAUCUCAGAGUUGGAAGAGUUCUCGUCUGCAGGAUCUUCACACAUUGAAUCUAAACAGAAACCAACUUUAAACUGAUCAUCACAUGUGAGCAUGCUUACCUCGGAGCAGACAGUGACAAGGUGCCCAUUUUGAUGACUCGUUGCGCUACUGCCUUUGAUCUCCACUAUAGAAAAUGCUCUGCUCCAUCUCAGAAGGGAUUGCCGUGUGCCCCAUUAGCUGGCCUUUGGAUCAAACCAGCAACAGACCUCACAGCUAGAAUUCCACCGUUGGCCAUUCACAAAGAGAUAAAUUGCACUAGGAACUCAGCCAUGAAGAAGUGAAGCAAGAUGUUCGCUUCCAAGGAGGAAACAUUCUGGCCUGGAGAAACGACGUUCCAAAAUGCCAGUUUAGCUUGUGGAUUUCAAGGAAGAGUUUCCAAUCAGAUAUGUGGUAUCAUUCAUCCUCUCUCCACCCUCCUUAAAAGAAAGACCCCGACUGCAGCAACACCUACACGGAGAAAGGAGGACCAGCUCCGUUUUAUGGAUAAUCGGCUUCAACAAACCGAUGGGAUACCUAUCAUCACGGCUCCAUCCCUCUACGGUAGCGGAAAACUUAACCCUGAAGAAGCUACCCUGAUUCUUUUUAUAAGAGGCAAGCGGAGAUCUCAGUGGCCUUUGUAUGUGGUGAAUGUGUCCGGAAAGGCAAAGAAGAGCGAGAUUCUCCCGUGUGCUUUCUCAUCUCCAUGGCGGUGGGUGCUGACAGCUUGAGAGAGAGCUUGGAGGAGCAGAGAGAAAGGAGCCCUGGACGUCUAGUUGCCGUGCUCUUAUACGAUGCAAAGGACACGGGGGUCUGAGCUGAACUUCAUCAUCCGUAACUAAGGUUUGAAGUGACAACUCACACAUAGCAGCACCCCUAGGACAGUCGCCGCCCCAGAAGUCACCCGGAUGCCCAAAGGGCAUUAGAAAGCAUGAGCUAUUACGGCAGCAGCUACCCGAUCGGGAACGUGGACCCCAAGUACCCAGGCUACCCGCAGGAGCACGUUCUAGCCGAGAAGCGAAGAGCAAGGAGACGUCUGCUGCAUAAAGACGGCAGCUGUAAUGUGUACUUCAAGCACAUUUUUGGAGAAUGGGGCAGCUACGUGGUGGACAUCUUCACCACCCUCGUCGACACCAAGUGGCGUCACAUGUUUGUGAUAUUCUCUUUGUCUUACGUUCUCUCCUGGUUGGUAUUUGGCUCUGUCUUUUGGCUGAUAGCCUUUCAUCACGGAGACCUGUUGAGUGAUCCCGACGUCACGCCUUGUGUGGACAACGUCCAUUCCUUCACGGGCGCGUUUUUAUUCUCCCUGGAGACCCAAACCACCAUCGGUUAUGGUUACCGCUGUGUCACCGAGGAAUGUUCCGUGGCCGUGCUCAUGGUGAUCCUUCAGUCCAUCUUGAGCUGCAUUAUAAAUACCUUCAUCAUUGGGGCUGCCUUGGCCAAAAUGGCAACCGCCAGGAAGAGAGCCCAGACCAUUCGGUUCAGCUACUUUGCCCUCAUCGGCAUGAGAGAUGGGAAACUUUGCCUCAUGUGGCGCAUUGGUGAAUUCCGCCCCAACCACGUGGUAGAAGGCACGGUCAGGGCCCAGCUUCUCCGCUACACAGAAGACAGCGAAGGGCGGAUGACGAUGGCAUUUAAGGACCUAAAGUUAGUCAAUGACCAGAUCAUCCUUGUCACCCCAGUAACGAUCGUUCAUGAAAUCGACCAUGAGAGCCCCCUGUACGCCCUUGACCGGAAAGACGUGGCCAAAGAUAACUUCGAGAUUUUGGUGACGUUUAUCUAUACUGGCGACUCUACCGGGACUUCUCACCAAUCCAGGAGUUCCUACGUUCCCCGAGAAAUUCUCUGGGGCCAUAGGUUUAAUGACGUCUUGGAAGUGAAGAGAAAGUACUACAAAGUGAACUGCUUACAGUUUGAGGGAAGCGUGGAAGUCUAUGCGCCCUUUUGCAGCGCCAAGCAACUGGACUGGAAAGACCAACAGACCCACCACGUGGGGAAAGGCCCGCCCGCCCGAGGACCCCGCGCAUCCGACACCAAGGUCAGAAGAAGGUCACUUAGCGCCGCUGCCAUCGUCAGCAGCUGUGAAAACCCAGAGGAGACCGCCGCCUCCACCACGGAUGAGUGUAAGGAAGUACCUUACCAGAAAGCUCUCCUGACUUUAAAUAGAAUCUCUGUAGAAUCCCAAAUGUAGUCCUGAGUUGUCAGCACGAGGGCUACCAGUCAAUCGUUUUUUACCGCCUAGCCAAUCGCCUUAAGGCAAGUAGUCAUAAACAGAGCUUUUAAAGAAGGUGAUAGCUGUCUUUGAUGGUGAAGGAAGAUAAAUAGAGCAGGUUAAACUUGAUAAAAGAUAUCUAAACAUUACAUCGUAUCCAGCUGUUUAACUUUUUUUUUUGGCUAGCAAAUUUUGUGUUAGAGAUGCUAUUAAGAGGCCUAAUGGAUUAAUUUAAAUUUCAUCCCCUUUUGUUAUUCCGUAUACUUGUAUUGUCAGUUGGAGGUAUAAUAUUCAAUAAUAGGGAGCAAAGGUAGGACAGUGGGAUAAUAGAAAGUAGAAAGGAAAAUAGCAUGAAUAAUAAAAAUUUUAAAUGGAUCCACAUUGAGAGUAUAAUGAGUUACCUAUAAAGACAUGAUAUCAUUAUAAUCAAGAUGCGCAGGGAAUGCGUUCGGUAGAUUGUCACAUUGAGCUGUUUAACUGUGAGAUCAGUCCCUGUGUUUGGUCCCCAGGGUGUCUCGGUAUCAGCUGGCAGAGGCAGUGGCCAUAGGAAGUAACAAUGCCUCCGGUUCUGAAGGUGAAUCCCCUGCCACUUGCCAGGUAACGAUCAAGCAGUGCUAGAAGCUACUUUUUCUCUCAUCCGUGAGGCAGAAGAAAAGUUGGCGUUAUUACUCAGAGAGGUAUUUCUCUCUUAAAUGCUCUGUUUGACUCCAACAAGUGGCUCUGUGUGGAGGAGCAGAAAUAAGGCAAACCGGAGCUUUGUAAGGUGGGUGACAAGGGGACUGCUUCUGUCCACCUCCCCACACCUUCUUUGAGGACAAAGGAUCGGGAUCCUGGAGAUGGGGCGAGGGAACGGAGAGCCAUAAACAUCCUCAGACUCUUUGAGAGAAAGCGUGUUCCUGGGUCCUGGAAGACUGGAGCUCUGGCUACACAAGGGAUGGAACCCUUUUUUUUUUUUUUGGCAGUUGCGGUGGGGUUAGCAGGUGGGGAGGCUGAGAGGGGAAAAGUAUUUAUUUGUGCCUAGAAGCAAUUAUGUAUGUUUCCUGUCUUGGUCACUUUAGAAAACACAAAUAACUUGAAUUGUCUAUUUUAAGAAAUGCUUCCAUUGAACUUGGAACAAUCAUUUAAACGCAGGAUUUUGUGAAUAUAAUUAAGGUGAUUUUAAUGCACAUUAUGAAGUGGAUCAGCUAAGUGCUUUAGAAUUGCUUAAAUUGUAGGACAGGAGAUAAAUGUGUAUACUCUAUUUCCACGUUAAAAGAUGUUAAUCAUGAUUAAACACAAAUCCAAUCAUCUACGAGUGAAUAGUCACUCACUCUAAGCUUUAUCAGUUGAAGACUUAUCAGCUAUAUUCUGAAUUAUCUGUGUUAUUUUUUACAUUGUUGCUGAGCUGGUAAUAAGUAUAUGCCACAGCUUUUUAUUUGUUUAUUUUAUUUAAAUAUAUAUAUGCACACAAAUAGUUUUUGCUUUUUUCUGGAAAAUCUCUCUCUCUCUCUCUCUCCCCAUUUAAAUUAAAGCACACAAGUAAAUUUUACUGAAUCCCAGAGUCCAAGAUUACCAAUAGAAGUAAAAUGUAUAGGUCUAUAAAGUUUUUCUUUUGUUUUCCUUCUUUUUUCUCCUUUUUCCUUCUUCCCUCCCCGCUUUCCUUCUUUCCUUUUCCUCCUCCUUUCUUUUGCCUGUGAGCAAUAAAGUUAUUUUAUGAUGCACAAGUGCAAAGCUUGUAUUCCUGUUGUUGUAUGGAUAAGAGAUCUGUUCAGGUCACAGGUUGCAAAAUUGUCCUGAAACUUAACAUCAGAGUGCUAAAUAAUGCAUUUCUUUUUUCCAGUCUUGUUUCAGGAAUGCAAAACCCAUGUUUUUUAAAUUGCACAUGCCCUGUAGAUUUGGAUUUUGGAGCAGCAAUUACUCAGCUAAAUUAGAAUAUUACAGUCUACCAAGUAGAAAACAGCCAACACUACAACAAACAAACUUGCCCCCUUUCCCCCCUUUUUUGGCAUGUUUCACA